CAAAUCAUCCUCCUGGUGAUUGAUUCCAGCAGAUGUGAGGCUUGCGCCGCUGAGCGAGGAAAAGACGCUACCGCAGGCAUGCCACUGGCACGUAGUUUGUCGGUCACCUCCCUGUCUGGCCUGGAGGAAUGGGACGAAGAGUUCGAUCGGGAGGAUGCAGUCCUGUUCGAGAUCGCAUGGGAGGUCGCUAAUAAAGUUGGUGGCAUUUACACGGUGAUCCAGACCAAGGCGCGUCUGACCUGCGAGGAAUGGGGCGAGAACUACUUUCUGGUGGGCCCAUAUAUGGAGUCCAGUGUCAGGACACAAGUGGAGUUGAUCGAACCCUGCAAUGCAGCACUCAGGAGAACCAUUGAUAAAAUGAACAGCAGUGGGUGCAAGGUAUAUUUUGGUCGCUGGCUGAUUGAAGGCUCUCCAUAUGUGAUUCUGCUAGACGUGGGCUUCACGGCCUGGUCUCUGGACCGCUGGAAGAGUGAACUCUGGGAGAAUUGCAGUAUUGGUGUGCCCUGGUUCGAUAGAGAGGCCAACGAUGCUAUUCUCUUUGGCUUCCUCACUGCAUGGCUACUGGGAGAGUAUGCAGCUCAAUGUGACGAACCUCCUCACAUCGCAGCGCAUUUUCACGAGUGGCUGGCAGGUUUGGGGCUCGUCUUAUGCAGGCAGCGUCAAUUACCCGUAGCAACCAUCUUCACCACACAUGCCACACUGCUUGGCCGAUACCUGUGUGCUGGGAACGUUGACUUCUACAACAACCUUGCUGAGUUUAAUGUGGAUAAAGAGGCAGGUGACCGGCAGAUCUAUCACCGGUACUGUCUGGAGCGCGCAGCAGUCCGCUGUGCACACGUCUUCACCACCGUCUCUCAGAUCACCGCCAUUGAGGCCGAGCACUUACUAAAACGGAAACCAGAUAUUGUGACUCCAAACGGCCUGAAUGUGAAGAAGUUCUCAGCCAUGCACGAGUUCCAGAACCUCCACGCUCAGAGUAAAGCGCGCAUCCAGGAGUUUGUCAGAGGCCAUUUCUACGGGCAUUUAGAUUUUAACCUUGACAAGACCGUGUUUCUCUUCAUUGCUGGACGCUAUGAAUUCUCAAAUAAAGGAGCUGAUAUCUUUCUUGAAGCAUUGGCCAGACUUAAUUACCUGCUGAGGGUGAAUCACAGUGAUGUGACCAUAAUAGCAUUCUUCAUCAUGCCUGCUCGUACCAACAACUUCAACGUGGAGACCCUGAAGGGCCAAGCCGUACGGAAACAGCUCUGGGACACUGCUCAGACUGUGAAGGAGCGCUUUGGGAAGAAACUCUACGAAUCACUUUUAGUAGGGCAGCUGCCUGAUGUGUCUAAGAUGUUAGAUAAAGAGGACUUCACCAUGAUGAAACGUGCCAUCUUCGCCACCCAGCGCCAGUGCCUGCCCCCCGUCUGCUCUCACAACAUGCUGGAGGACAGCAGUGACCCCAUCCUCAACUGCAUCCGCCGUAUCGGCCUCUUUAAUACCGCUCAGGACAGAGUCAAGGUGAUCUUCCAUCCAGAGUUUCUCUCCUCCACUUCUCCUCUCCUGCCGAUGGACUAUGAGGAGUUUGUGAGAGGCUGCCAUCUUGGAGUAUUUCCAUCCUACUAUGAGCCCUGGGGAUACACACCAGCUGAAUGUACAGUGAUGGGUAUCCCAUCGAUCUCCACUAACCUGUCUGGGUUUGGCUGUUUCAUGGAGGAGCACAUUGCUGACCCGUCAGCUUAUGGUAUCUAUAUUCUGGAUCGACGGUACCGUGGGGUGGAUGAGUCCUGCAAUCAGCUGACGUCUUUCCUGUUUCAGUUCUGUCAGCAGAGCCGCAGGCAGAGGAUCAUUCAGAGGAACCGAACAGAGCGCCUCAGUGACCUGCUAGAUUGGAGAUAUUUGGGCAGGUAUUACAUAUCUGCCCGCCAUAUGGCUUUAGCGAAAGCUUUCCCGGACACAUUCAUCUAUGAGCCUCAAGAACCCACUUCGGCCACAGGCUUCCGUUACCCGCGGCCCGCCUCUGUGCCCCCGUCUCCCGCCCACUCGCUUCACUCAUCUCCUCAUCACAGUGAGGCUGAGGAUGAAGAGGAACCAUAUGAUGAAGAUCUGGAGGCGGAGAAAGACCGGGUCAACAUCCGCCAACCUUUCAACAUGCCGAACCGGAACAAGAAUCAGACAGUUAGUCUUCCUGAGAAAAACUAAAACACACCCCUACAUGCAUACCUACACACUCUGUAGUUUAUACUGUGAGGCACUUGUAUACACUGUGACACACACACACACACACACAUAACACUCCCCUAAAAGUGAAAGUAAAGCCUGCAAACAGUAUGUCUACAUGUUGGUUUUCUGAAGAGAAAUAAAUAAGAUAUUUAAUUAUUUGGUGAGCCAUAGUAUGUGAUUUUAAGACUUUCUGUUGAAAGAUUUCUCUGGUGUCUUUCAUAA